UAAAUCUGACCCUCGGCAGCUACACAAAAAGAUAACCGCUCGGGCUCGACCGUCCGUAUCCAGUCGGCCGGAGCAGAACACCGAAUAUAAACAAGGAGAAGAAAAGGAAGAUAACAGAACAGGGAAAGCGGCUUGCUGGGAGAUAAUGUAUCAUGGACAACUCCUCCGCGCCGCUCGCCGACUACUUCUGGAUUGCCGGGAUAGAGCAUAUUACCUACGAUGAUCCUCUACCCCAGCAACCCCAGCAGCUGGAUGAUACGAUUGCUGAGGAUGGUGAGGGAGAGAAUAACGAGAGCCCGGUAACGACCCCGUCGCGUGCCACGGCUCGGCAUUCUCGCCAGAAUUCGGCCAAUCGCAUUUCCACCCUGUCCAAGCUCUCGCUGUCGCCCUCGAUCUCCGGCGAGGGCCGCGUGUUGGAAGACAUCGAUGGCCACACUAGGAGCAACCGGAGCAGCGCAACCAUCCGGCCGAUACCUCCGCCGAAUCUCGGAGACGAAAACACCAACGAGAAUGGCAGUACCGGUGUCAACGGCUCCGGCGGGGGAGAGGGGAUCGGGUUCGACGGCUUCCCGACCGACUUCGACUUUGACCAGGCUCUCCUCAAGUUCGCCGCGGAGCGGGAAGACUUCCUAGAUGAUCUCACAUUCAGCGCCGGCGCAAAAAUCCACACGAGACCACCGAUGGUCAACCCGAGAACCGAGAAGCUGAAGGCCGACGACGCCGACGCGAGCGGAAGGAAGAGCCCCCUCCGCAGCAUCCGGGGCAGCAUCCGAGGCAGCAUCCGCCGCAAGAUGAGUUUUAGGGACAUGAGCAGCGUGAGGAAGCAACCCAUGCCUCCGAGAGCGGCUUCGGUUCGCACGGCUAGGCGCCUGAGCAAUUACAACUCGGUCAUCCCUCCGCCCGAGCCCCUGAACCUGGACCCCGACAUGCACCCGCUCAAGAGGCGCUUCGAACCGGUCCUGCUCGAUAGGUAUCCCCAACGGGAUGCUUCGGCGGAGGAGCUGGCCAGGAGGGGCAAGUUCCCGGACUACGUACCCAUGUUUGCCUUCCCCAACGACAUCCAGAUCGUGUCCUCGGACGAGCGCCCGCGGUCGACAUGGCACGGGUUCACCAUGACCUCGGACGACAACUCCAAGAUUUACGGCAUCACCAUCAUUGUCUGGACAGCAUUGAACGCCGAGGUGGCCGAGGAGGUAGAGAAGCGGUGCGAGCGGUGGCGGCAACGGCACAUGAGCAACGAGGAAAGGGAGCUCGCUGCCAGUCUGGGCGGUCGCCUCGCCGCGGAACGGGCGCAUCUCUCCCAGCUCCUGGCUCAACUGGGCACCCUGCCCUCGGGAUCGGCGGCUAGGGAAGCCAUCGACGAACAGAUCAGCGCCGUAGAAGAGAAGAUUGCGCUGAUGACGGAGAUGUUGCGGCCGCUGAGACACGGCGCGGCGUCCAAGAUCGACGGCCUGACGGCCGGCGAGACGGGUCUCUGGACACCGCGCGCGUUCGGCAUCCUCGGCAGAGACCCCUCCAAGAUGGGCUUCUGGAAGGAAUGGCUCAGGGCGGUCGUCGUUCCCAUGACCGACGGCAGUGUGUUGCGGGUAGCGCCCAGCUCCCCCAAGGUCGGGCGUUGGCAACCGCUGGAGCGCUACGUCGUCAACCUUUGCACCGAGGCCUUCAGCCCACUAAGCUCCCUGACCCAGGUGGAGCUGAGUGUUCGCGAGCUGCGCCUGUACGCCCGGAAGGAGGCGGCCAACGAGAUUCCGGGAUCGAGGACCAUCGAUAUCUACGCCCUCUUCCGGUGCCUGUCGCUGGAGAACAUCGUGCUCCUUUUCGAGUACGCCAUGUCCGAGGCCCGCAUCAUCUUCCUCUCGUCACACACCGGCAUGCUGCAUCUUGCGUGCCAUGCGCUCGCCAACCUUCUCUACCCGCUGAAAUGGUCGAGCAUCUUUAUCCCGGUGCUGCCGGCGCGUCUCAUUUCGGCGCUCGAGGCGCCGUGCCCUUAUAUUGUCGGAGUCGAGAGACGGUACGAGAAGAUUGAGCUCCCUGAGGACGACUACGUCCUCGUUGAUCUCGACAAGGACGUCAUCGACGCGACGGCGCAACCUGUCAGCUUACCGCGGCAGCACCGGCGCAAGCUCUUGUCCUUGCUGCAGGUAGCUGCGCCUCACCGUCUGCGGUAUGGAGUUGCCCCCGGGCCCCCUCCGUAUGCGAUUGAAGCCUUCCCGUACGAUGCGUUCUCGGCCGAGAGCGAGGCGAUCUUCAACCCGGUUCCGGUCAAGAGCACGCUAGGUAAAUGGGUGACCCAGAACUCGUCCACGUUUGCCGAACCGGACCCGCCCAAUACGAUCCGCACCCCUCUGUUCAACGCCUUUGCAAAGGCGAAGGUCGACCCGAGCAAGCCAGAAAGGCCGACAACUUCCAAGUCGAGCAAGGGCAGCCCCCCCUCUUCUGUGUCGCCCGUCUCGAUGAACUUCCCGCCGAUGCCCACGACCCCUGUGUCGCGCAGCGACUCUGGAUUCGCCCAGACUCUCAGGGAGAAGAGGUCCGGGCACUUCGACGAGAAAUCUAGGCGCAGCUCGUCGUUCGGCAUGGACAAGCACCACCCACCAAUGCACAGGCCCAGCCUUCCGUUCCUCAACGGCCACAGUCAGAACCUGUCGAUCUCGGCCAUCUCGGUUGACUCUCAGUCCUCGUUCGGGGGCUAUGCGCCUUCGACGUAUGCCCAGUCGACCAUUGCCGCGUCGACCAUCAUGCCCAACAUGAUGGUCCAACCGGUUCGGAACACAGAGAAUACCGUCUGGGUGGAAGGCCACUGCUUCAACUGGGCGGCGGCCGAGGUUAACUCGAACUGCACCAUCUGCGAAGAGCGCUCGGAAGGAGACGGCCUCUUCAAGUGCAGCGGUUGCGGCUGCCUGUCCCAUAACCGGUGCCUGGGUUUCGUGUCACUGGUAUGCCCCGCGGCUUUCCAUGCAGACCGCGUGCGGGCAGCAUUUGUCCGCUGCCUGGCUAGCCUUCUGUAUACCUACCGCAAGCACCUCGGCCGGCCGAGUCGCGAGCAGAAGGCCAACGGUCAGCUGUACGCCUUUGAUAUGGACGGAUUCAUCCGCAGCCUGCCCUACGACCAGCAGGAGUACGCGACGAUGAUGCGGGACACCCAAGCUUUCAACGAGUUCAUCCACGAGCGCGAACGGAACCCCGCCAGCGACCCAGCGAUCCGCCUCUUUGACGAGAUCAUUCUCGCCAAGAAGGCCCGUGGUCGCCCGGCCUUCUCGGCAGGCUUCUCCCGCCUCUCCACCUUACGCGCCUCUCACGGCUUCUACCCGGGCUCCAGCAGCUCCUCCGGGGGAGGAGGAGGAGGCGGCUUCACCGCGCCCAGUGCCGCGGCCGCGGGGCGCGCCGCCAAGGCACCCGGGUACCUGACCGACACGUCGGACCACAUCUGGCGCACGGCGUCGGUGCCCGUGCCGUCGGCCAAGUUCCAGGGCGACUACAAGAGCAUCGUGACGCGCGUGCCGCUGCGCCUCGAACCGGCGCUGAUGAGGGAGCCCAGGGCGAUCCAGGGCGUGCCCAGGCCGUCUGAGCAGGGCAAGGUGAAGAAGCUGGUGAGGAAGCAGGUCGCUAGCAUGGUGGGACCCCCCGCGGGGUUUCGGGCUCAGGAGUGAGGAUUAAUGUUGAGCCCCGGUUAAUGGACCUCUUAGGUUGCCUAAAACAAAAAGGAGGGGGGGGAUUUUAUGCUCGGCCUGGGGUUGGGUAGCCCGAGGAUGUGUGCAUAGCAACGGAAGCGUUGGGUUUGGAGCGUGAGUUUGCUUGGCUAAGGAGCGACGGGACUCCGAAAGAACCCCUCUUAGAAUCAAUCGGCCAUCGACACGGAGUUUUUAUCAUGGGGCGUUUUCUAGUCCGCGAAAUUGGUUGUUUUGGGGGGGGGGG